GAAAUUUUUGUCAAAAUUUUAGCAAAAGCUUCAGUAGCUAACUUAAUUGUUUACUUUUCUAAAUCACCUGUUUAUCGUUUAAUUGACUUUCUAGUAGUAUUUUGUUUUUUUGACCUACUGUUAAUUUAUUAAGGUUUUGGCUAAUACUUCUCUCUCUCUGCUUUUUACUCUUCCUAAGUUAAGCCUCAUCCAUUUGUUUCUCAUCAACAUCUUAAGACGCUUGUAUCAAUAAUUUUAAUUGUUUUUGUAUCCAUCAUACUAUAUAAUCGUCCCAGUCUGUUUUUGAAGACUCAUCAACCUCAAUUCAUAACUCAGAUUCAAUAUGGACGGUUUAAUGGCUGAAAUAGCCAAAAAAAGAAAAGAGUUGACCGAUAAAAAUUUGAUUGGUCCACAAAAAAAGUACUUCAAGCGAUCUGAACUGCUUGCCAAAGAAGAGGAAGAGCACAGGAAAAAAAUAGCAGCCUAUAGAGGUAAACUGAACCAAGCUGAUAAUGCUGUUGAUUCAGUCGCACCAGUUUCUGUAUCUGCAUCGAGUACAAGUAGCGAUUUGAAAAUUCUGCCACGAAAAGAUGUGAUUCGACAGCUGAGAGAACGAAAUCAACCUAUUCUUCUAUUUGGUGAGACAUUAGUGGAAGCAUUCAAUCGGCUACAAAAACUAAAACUUGAAGAGCCUGAACUUGAAAAAGGAUUCCGUAAUGAUUUCCAGGAAGCCAUGGAAAAGGUCGAUCAGCAAUAUCUGAAUGAUUUACUAAAAUCUAAAGAUAGGGGCGAGGAAAAGGACAAGAAAAAGGCUAAUGAUGUCAAAGUUGAAGAUAUGAAUACAACUAUUGAUGAAAUCAGAGCUUUGGCGGUUAAUCUUGGGAAAAGACGCGAUGAUAAAAGUCAAGAUUGUAACAUUAUUUGUACAUUAUUCAAAUUUCUUCUUGAACUAUGGGGUAAAAAAUUGAACAGCAGAGAGGAAGAGGAGAAAACAUCGACACAAGGCAAAAUAGAGUCAGCAACUUAUACACAAACUCAAGCCUAUCUAAAACCACUUUUCAAGCAACUCAAAAAUAACAAAGUAGCUGAUGAUAUUCUUAAACAUUUGACAUUAAUUGUCAAAUAUACACUCGAAAGAGAUUAUGUUAAAGCGAAUGAUGCCUAUCUUCGAAUGGCGAUUGGUAAUGCACCUUGGCCUAUUGGUGUUACUAUGGUCGGUAUUCAUGCUAGAACAGGUCGUGAAAAGAUUUUUUCACAAAAUAUUGCUCAUGUUUUAAACGAUGAAACCCAACGAAAGUAUAUUCAAGCAUUGAAAAGAUUAAUUACAAAAUGUCAAAGAUUUUUCCCUGCGGAUCCAUCUCGAUGUGUUGAAUAUAAUGCGAUUUAAUUCUCGAAUAUUUUAUAUAUUUUUUCACUUCAUUUAAACUGUCCAUAUUUUCUUGUUGAACAUGAUUGACUUGUCUCAUAAUAAUUGUGUAAAUCAAUUGAUGGAGUAAUAACAACCUCUAAAUCAAAAUCUCACCCAGUAA